GUGAGAUCUAGGGGAGGACCCAGGAGGCGGUGGCGCGCAGAAGGAGGGGCGCUGCAGCCAAGCCACCAGCCUUCCUGUAGAGUGCUGUACUCCAGAUACUCCUAGAGCUCCAACCCCGCGGAUCGCGCGUCCCCGCUGUUCGGCAUCCUAAACUUCAGCGGCAGCUCGAUUUCAACCCAUCGACUGCUUGCUUCAAAUCAGACAGCAUCGGGACUCAGACACCGGAGUCCGUGGAGUGAAAGCACAACCAGACCAAGAAAACAGCCUCGCGAAGCAGCAACUCUGGGUUGGGAGUGCAGAAGCCAACAAGUGAGAAGGCGCCGCGUUUCCGGGGCGCAGCGAGAACGCUAGAGCAGGCGCCAGAGAAGACAGCUAGAGCUCGGAAUCCAAGCCUAAACCUCUCUCCUGGAGGCGGCUCAGCUUCUUUCUUUUCUAGCCCUUUUCGGCGUGCGCUGGGCUUCCUUUUAUCCGGGUACGAGCCACAUCCUUGGGGAAUAUGCAGCGCGCGUGGAUCCUGCUCACCUUGGGCUUGAUGGCCUGUGUGUCCGCAGAGACGAGAACAGAGCUGACAUCUGAUAAAGACAUGUACCUUGACAACAGCUCCAUUGAGGAAGCUUCAGGAGUAUAUCCUAUUGAUGAUGAUGACUAUUCUUCUGCCUCAGGCUCAGGAGCUGAUGAAGACAUAGAGAGUCCAGUUCAGACAACAUCCCAACUGAUUCCAAGAAUCCCACUCACUAGUGCUGCUUCCCCCCAAGUAGAAACCAUGACGUUGAAGACACAAAGCAUUACACCUGCUCAGACCGAGUCACCUGAAGAAACUGACAAGGAGGAAGUUGACAUCUCUGAGGCAGAAGAGAAGCUGGGCCCUGCUAUAAAAAGCACAGAUGUGUACACCGAGAAACAUUCAGACAAUCUGUUUAAACGGACAGAAGUUCUAGCAGCUGUCAUUGCUGGUGGUGUGAUCGGCUUCCUCUUUGCCAUUUUCCUCAUCCUGCUGUUGGUGUACCGCAUGCGGAAGAAAGAUGAAGGAAGCUAUGACCUUGGAGAACGAAAACCAUCCAGCGCAGCUUACCAGAAGGCACCCACUAAGGAGUUUUAUGCAUAAAGCUCCCAUUUAGUGUCUCUAUUUAAGAGAUCACUGAACUUUUCAAAAUAAAGCUUUGGCAUAGAAUAAUGAAGAUCUUUGUUAUCUGUUUUGUUCAUUACAGAGCCAUACUGGCCCUUUAAUGAUGAGAAUUCCAUUGUAUUUAAAUUUUUCAUGUAUUUCUUUAGAAUGACAUAAAAGUAAAAAUCUAACAUCUGCAGUGUUCUGUGAAUAGCAGUGGCAAAAUAUUAUGUUAUAAAAACCCUGACAUUCAUGGAAUUGAUUUGAACAUCUAUGUGCAAAUACAAAAUGAUUGUGUUGUCCUCUGGUUCAAAGAUGCCUGCUACUCCCCCUUGUCCGCAAGUCUCCAGUUAACCUUACUGAGUUGGUCUUCAUUUAUUUAUCUCUUGUCCCUCUUCUCUACCCUCCCUUCUUGUCACCUUUCUUAAAAACAAAACCUUAUGCCUUUUGUAGCUGUCAUGGUGCAAUUUGUCUCUGAAUGAUACAAUAAUGGUAAUUUAGUGUAUAUGUGAUUUUUUUCAAAUAUGUUAACCUUAACCUCCACUUUAUGUAAUGUUUUUAAAUAUCAGACUAUCCAUUUUACGCUUGCUUUAAUUUUCAUUACAUGUAGCUUCAGGCAGAUUUGCAAAGGCAAAUUAAUGUGUAAAAUUGGAUUAUUACUACGAAACUGUUUAGUCCUAGCUAUCUAAGCAGAUCUUCUUUUGGGAGGAUUUGACGUAACUGACAAGCCUCAGCAAACCCAAAGAUCCUAACAGUAUUUUGAGAAGUUGCUGCAGAUUCCUUUGGCCACUGUACUUGUUAAUUUCUUGUAAUUUGAAGGUACGAGAAAGAGUUUAAA